AGCAGGUAUCGGAGUAUUCUGGGGUAAAGGGGAUAAACGAAACCUAUCCGAAAGAUUACCAGGCGAACAGACUAAUAAUCGGGCCGAGAUUUAUGCAGUGAUUAGAGCGAUCGAGACCUGUGAAAAUAAAGAUAAGCAUUUAGAGAUCAUGGCUGACAGUAAAUAUGUUAAAAAUGCGAUGGAAUGCUGGAUUAAAAAUUGGGAAAAAAAUGGUUAUACUACGUGUAAUAAAACCCAAGUAAAAAAUAUUGACUUUUUUAAAAGAUUAAAAAAAAUAGUCGAUGAUCGAGUCGGUACCGUAAUAUUUACUCAUGUGAGAGGACAUAGUGGAAACUAUGGUAACGAGCAGGCUGAUUGGUUAUCAAAGGAGGGAGCGAUAAAAGAAGCGAUCGUCAACGUAGAGCUAGAUAGUAGAGAUGGAAGGAUGGAGAAAACGAUAAGGGACAGUGUUUCUAUGGGAGUUUGUUACGACGAUUUACGACGAGGCUGGGACCGAGCCGUGUCAUCGACGCCAUCUUCGAUAGCGUCAACGACACGGGAAUCGUAUAUCAACGUACAAACAGACAUAGAAACAAAUAUAG